UUUCCCUUCAGUCUUCACUAUGAAGUUGCUGAUGGUAGUCGUGUGUGCGUUGGGGGCGGGAGUGCAGGCGCUGUACCACAGGAGUGUGGGCAUCCCAGCAGCCUCUGAGAUACGUCUGCGGGAGUCCAUGCGCGUGGCUGGAGGCCUACCUUCUUUCCUUGGGGAGCACCCGUUCUUAGCGGGGCUAGUGAUCACGCUGGUGGUUGGGGAGAGCUCAGCAACGUCAGUAUGUAGCGGCGCGCUGAUCAGUGACAGACGCGUGCUGACCGCGGCUCAGUGCGUCUGGGACGGCGACCUGCAGGCUGGGGAGAUUACUGUGGUGCUGGGUUCCAUCAGGUUGUUCUCCGGCGGGACGCGACGCCUGGCCGUCCCCACCCUGCACCCGGACUACAACGCCACGGCCGCGGGCUCCCGGCGGCUGCAACACGACAUCGCUGUGCUCACCAUUGCCUAUGUGCGCUUCUCUAAUGAGAUCAAUGUGGUGCCGCUACCGAAGGGAAUGACCGACACGUUCGUGGGGAGGAGGGCUGAGGUCAUCGGCUUCGGGAGGACCGGGGAAGACAUACCGAUAGGGUUCAAUCAAGCUCUGCGCGACGUGUACGUGCCAGUGAUCAGUAACUCAGCGUGCACUGAGUACUACUGGUACUCGCUCAGUGACUCACAGCUGUGUACGAACGGGACGCGCGGGCGCGGGCCCUGCGGCGGCGACGGUGGCGCCCCUCUCAUACUGCGGUACUACACUGGAAACUCCGACUUAUUGAUCGGGUUGGUAUCCUUCAGUCAUGUCCGGGGCUGUCAGUCCGGGAACCCGACAGGAUACACCCGCAUCACUUCUUACAUGAGUUGGAUCGAGACAUUCUUGUAGUCUACAGUGCCAAGAGUUGCUAUACUGCCACGCAACUGACCAACUGUUCAAUAUAUUUUAGUUUUAUGUUUUUUAUGGGAUUGGAAAUAUUUUAAAAUUAAUAAAAGUAACUGAUGUUUA